GUUCCGCCAUGUCUCAUAGGAAGUUCGAAGUCCCCCGUCACGGCUCGUUGGGAUUCUUGCCUCGCAAGCGUACCCGCCAUCAUAAGGGUAAGGUAAAGUCGUUCCCCAAGGAUGACCAGUCCAAGCCCUGCCACCUUACUGCCUUCAUGGGCUACAAGGCCGGCAUGACCCAUAUCGUCCGUGAUGUCGAUAAGCCGGGUUCUAAGCUUCAUAGGAAGGAGGUUGUUGAGGCCGUCACUGUCUUGGAAGCCCCUCCCAUGGUCUGUGUUGGUUUCGUUGGUUACGUCGAGACCCCUAAUGGUCUUCGUGCUCUCACCACUGUGUGGGCAAAGCACUUGUCCGAUGAGGUCCGUCGUCGUUUCUAUAAGAACUGGUAUCACUCCAAGAAGAAGGCUUUCAGCAAGUACCAGGAGAAGGACCAUGACGCCGAGGUUCAGCGGUGUAAGAAGUACUGCCAGGUUGUGCGUGCCAUCAUGCACACCCAGGUCAGCAAGGUUAAGCUCACUCAGAAGAAGGCCCAUAUUGUUGAGGUCCAGGUCAACGGUGGUUCCGUCUCGGACAAGGUCGAUUUCUGCCAGUCUCUCUUCGAGAAAGAGGUUCCAAUUUCCUCCGUCUUCGAUAAGGACGAGAUGGUUGAUAUCAUUGGUGUGACUAAGGGUCACGGAAAUACCAGUGUCACCACUCGAUGGGGUGUCACUCGUCUUGCCCGUAAGACCCAUCGUGGUCUUCGCAAGGUCGCCUGUAUUGGCGCCUGGCAUCCGGCCCGAGUCCAGUUCCAGGUCCCUAGAGCUGGUCAGAUGGGUUAUCAUCAUCGUGUUGAGAUCAACAAGAAGAUCUACCGCAUCGGCAAGGCCCUCCGUGAGGAUCCUAACAAUGCUGCUGGCUCCAACGAUCUCACCCAGAAGGCUAUCACUCCCAUGGGUGGCUUCCCCCACUACGGUGAGGUCAACGAAGACUGGGUUAUGCUCAAGGGUACUGUUACUGGUCCUAAGAAGCGUGUCAUCACUCUUCGUAAGAGCCUCCUCCCCCAGACCAGCCGUAACGCUUUGGAGAAGAUCGAUCUCAAGUUCAUCGAUACCUCCUCCAAGUACGGUCAUGGUAGAUUCCAGACUGCUGAUGAGAAGAGGAAGUACUAUGGUCGUGAGGCUGAGGCCACUCAGGCUUAAGCAGCCUUCCUCUGUUGUAGUUUUGAUUGGACUAUUACUACCCACAUUCGGCCACGAUGGAAGAUUUAAUCCUAGGCUUGGCGGUAACCUUUCUAUAGAGGUGCGGG